AUGGGAAGGGUUAAGCUGAUGAUAAAGCGGUUAGAGAGCAGUAGCAACAGGAAAGUUACAUACUCAAAGAGAAGAAGUGGGAUUUUGAAGAAAGCCAAAGAGUUGUCCAUUUUGUGUGAUAUUGAUAUUAUUCUUCUCAUGUUUUCUCCUACCGGGAGGCCUACCAUUUUCAAUGGAGAUCACAGAUGCAUUGGAGAUGUGAUCGCCAAGUUUGCGCAGUUGACUCCUCAAGAAAGGACAAAAAGGAAACUGGAGAGCCUUGAGGUCCUGAAGAAGACUUUUAUGAAACUGGACCAUGAUUUUAAUAUACACGAGUUUUUGGGAGCAAGGAACCAAAGUAUUGAGGGUCUGACUAACCAACUAGCGUUUUUUCAAGCUCAGGUUAUGGAGUGUCAUAGGAGACUGAGCCGUUGGGCGAACAUUUCUAGAAUAGAAAACAUCGAGCAUCUGUGGAAUUUGGAAGCAUCAUUGAGAAAAUCUAUUGAAAGAGUUCAGAUUCACAAGGAACAUUUAAGAAAGAAUCAACCCAUGUCACUAGAAUGUACUACAACACAGUUUCAGAGUGGCAUAUCGUCACCUUUGGUGAUAGAUGACAUUCAAGAAAAUCAUUUAAUAUCAUGGCUUCCUGGUCACAGUGACCAACACAUGACCAUAUCUGAUGACUCGAGUUUUCUUCCUCAUCGUGAGAUGGAAAAUACGGCAGUUGCAUCACUUCCGGUUUACUCAAGCUUCUUCGAGUCUGGAAAUCAAGAAGAUCAGAUUUGCAACUUGGAACAACAAUUUGACCACUUAAGGCAAGAAAGCAAUGUGUUAAACGAGCUACACGGAAACAUCUGUUCGAGUUUACAACUCGGCGAUGAAUAUUCAUAUCCUACACAAUUUGGCAUGCAAGAAGAGAAGAAAUUCGAACCGUGUUUCGAGUUAAACGUGCAACAAGAUCCGACUAUGUAUCCGGUUAGCAACAGCUUCCAGUUUCCUGAUCAACCGGUGUUUCAAGCUACUGAUCAUCAUCAUCAGACAUGGAUUUCAGAUUCUACCUGUUGUAGUAACUCUGAUAACAAUCAG